AUGUCUGGUGGAACGCAGAAUAGUUUGAGAAAAGCACUUGGAGCUCUUAAGGAUACAACAACAGUUUCGUUGGCUAAAGUCAACAGUGGUUACAAGGAGUUGGACAUUGCUAUAGUUAGAGCUACGAAUCAUGUUGAACGGCCAGCUAAGGAGAAACACAUUCGAGCUAUAUUUUCAGCGAUCUCAGCCACGAGACCAAGGGCUGAUGUUGCCUAUUGCAUCCAUGCUCUGGCCAGGCGAUUAUCAAAGACUCACAACUGGGCUGUUGCAUUGAAAACUUUAAUCGUCAUUCACCGUGCUCUAAGGGAAGUGGAUCCCACAUUUCACGAAGAACUCAUUAAUUAUGGAAGAAGUAGAAGUCAUAUGCUCAACAUGGCUCAUUUUAAAGAUGACUCCAGUCCAAAUGCAUGGGAUUAUUCUGCAUGGGUUCGCACUUAUGCAUUAUUUUUGGAGGAACGAUUGGAAUGUUUUCGUGUGUUGAAGUAUGACAUUGAGGCAGAUCGUCCUAGGACCAAAGAUUUGGAUACUGCCGAAUUGCUAGAGCACUUGCCAGCUUUACAACAACUUCUCUACCGAGUUGUUAGUUGCCAGCCACAAGGGGCAGCUGUACAUAAUUUUGUGAUUCAGUUAGCACUCUCAUUGUCUUAUAAUGUGAUAUAG